CCAAGGACUAAUCCACAAGUAGCUUCAUCAAGGAAAGAGUGGAAACCUAAAGAAGGAGUUAGAGUCAAGUUCUUCGGCGAGGAAGAGAUGUCUCCACAGCCAUCUAGGGUGAAUAUAUCAUAUUCAAAGGAUGUUGCUCUUCUUAAAUCUCCGAGUUCUGGUGUAGAUGUUAUGAAGGAAUGGAGGAAGAAAUUUGUUGCUGCAAGUUCUCUUGAAGUCUCAAAUGCACCAGCAACUGUUCAUGCAAGCAUAGGUGAAUCUGUAAGUGCCGAUCCUAAUGUUAUUGUGCCUAAUGUGAUUCAUGAGAUAUCAGUUGAAUCUGUUUCUGUUCCCAAUGUUGAACCUCAUGUUGAGACAUUAGUUGAGACUACUUCAGAUGUGAAUAUGGAACCCUCUGCUGGAAAUCCAAACCCCAUUGUUGACACAUCUGAACUUGAUCUCCAAAUCCAUCAAUCUGCCUUGGGUUCUGAACCAUCUACCGUUUGUAAGAAGUCAGUUAUUGAAAGUGUUCAUGAAUUGUUGUCAUUCUGGUCUUAGAAGUGAUGGUUUGUUUAUGCUGUGCUACCUUUGCCAAAUUUGUGUUAAAAAGGGGGAGUAGUUUGGUGAAGAAUCUGUGUUGUUUCUGUUGCUGUGAAGACUAUGUGUGAUUUGCAAGUGUUAGCUUUGGUCUGUAAUAAGUUGAAGACUCUUUCAAGACAAGGCUAGUAACUGGUUUAUGUUCAAGCUGCUACUGUUCAAGUUGCUACUGGUUUUCUAGUUUACACUUGUUGGAUAGUUAGUGUGUGUGCUGCUAUGCAUAUGGUAUUUAUACUUCAAGCAGUCUACAUGGAUGCAUCAUUUGAGGGGGGUUCCUCUAUAGUUGGCUACAAAGAUGCAUUGAUUUGAGGGGGAGUUUUUUUUUUUUUCCGCUGCUGACUCUAUGUGAUUUACCCUCUCUGGUUGUGAAGUUGUUUUUAGACAAAAUUUGACAAAGGGGGAGAUUGUUGUUCCUUUGUUGUCAUCAAUUUUGUUAAAAACAACCUGAUGUCCUAGCCGAUGUUGUGACAUCUGCCUUGGUGAAGGCCAGGACAUCCGCCCCUGCUGGCGUGCAAUGUGGGUCCCUUUUGUUAUUGGUUUGGAGGAUGUGAUUUGUUAUUACUUGAGAUUCAAGUAACUUAUUAAAGGGAGAUAUACGCGGGUUGUUUAUUGUUGGAACAAAUCAGUGAUUGGAGAUUUGUUUCUAUUCUUAAGUUGUUAAUCACUCAUAUCAUAUCUUGGAAGAUUCUGUGCUGAUAUGAGUUGGAUCAGAGUUGUUCUUCAGCCCAAGAAACCCUAGUGCCGCCUCUGCUGAAGUAUAAAUAGAACAAAGACCUAAAA